CCAUUGUGUGUCAUGUCAGUUUACGAUUUGACCACGGAAGCUUUGAGGGUCUUGUCAGCUGAUGAUUUCGCUUGGAUAGUGUUAACAAUUCCUUGUAUUUCUUCAUUCGAAUAUGUUGGAUUGUGCUGUUUUACAGCUUAGAAACUCAGUACAAACUUGUGGACGACAGACGUUAAAUCAUUUGUACAAUAUACAACGUACGCCAAGACAAUCAACUACAACUUUAAACAAGAAACGCAGAGUGCUGGACUUUUCUCAAUGUAUUUUGAACGGUGAAAGUUCGAAGCUACAUCAACUAAGUGAUGAAGUACUUGUUUAUAUUCUUGAAUAUCUGGACGCUAGGACUUUAGUACGGCUUAGUAAGAGUUGUCGAUUAUUUCAUAGACUCUGUCAUUCGGAUGUUGUAUGGCGUCAUCGCUGUAAGGUGGACUUUAAUCUAUACGUCAAAUGGACGGAGUACUCUUACCUGUAUUUGUAUGAACUAUUUUGGAAAGCUAGCGUGUUGAAAAACAACCAUAAGUAUUUUAGGCCAGUAAGUCAACUGAAAACGUCUGUGAUUGUGUGGUAUCUAAUUAGCGCUGAGCCUCCAAGCAGCAGUGUCAGCCAGCUUACGGCUAGUCAAGCUAAGUCCAUAUGGGGCUUAUCCGAUUCAGAUUUGGAAAAGAUGAAUAAUGAACACGAUCAUGAUGAUAACCUCUUCAAUCACAAUUACUACGACUGGGAGGAACUGUACAAGUUGUUUAUAGCCAAACAUGGAGGUGUCAAGUCAAUGCAAAACUACGUUCUUCGGCGUUGCUUACGAAACAGGCAAGCUCUGGAAGAACACUAUCAACUAUCACUCCAUGCGUCGCGACAGCAGAAAUGGUAUCAAUUCAUGGACAAUCGUGACACUGGGGAGAGGUUUCUCAAAGCAAUCACAGAGCAUAUGCCGAAAGCCACGCCUAGUUACAUGUUACAUCAGAUAACAGCCAUGUACAUCGACGGUCGUUUGAAAGGUGGAUUUGAGACUGUAAAAGCAUACGCUGAUUUCUGCCAUUAUUUUAAGACAUGGCUGGAAAAUAAAAGUUUGCAGCUUUGGCCACCGAGACAAGGGCAGAUGCUUAUCGAUGACUAUAAGGAUUGUUUGAAGUUUGUGAACAAACAGAUAUCAGGUGUUGCUCAACAUGUGGAGCUUACACUGAACGAUUUCCUCAGCAAAGCUAAGCCGUUUAUUGAACGAAUACACGAAGUAUGGCAAUGGCAGAACAAGAAAGGCCCAGCUUAUAUGAAGGAGCACCGAAUUUCUAGGGCUGUUACGGAGCACAAGAGUUAUAAGAGGUUUUUGGAAACGGGAAAUUUCGCAGAUUUUUGUCAACUGAAGCAGUUCUUUGAAAGGCUAGAGAUUGUAGUUGAGUGGUACAAAAAAAAUGAAUGGCUUCAUUCUUUGUUGCAAGACUACUGUACUAGAGCAUUACGACCUGCUCACAUGUCGACAGAGAUAGCACCUUCACCUCCACAUAUACCGACAGAUCCAAUCUCUUUCUUGGUCCAUAGGUUUUUGGAAACGGGACUUAAAUCGGACUUCAACAAACUUAGAAUAAAAGUAGGCGAGUUAAGCAGCAUACAGUUAGAUAAUUUAAACAGAAAGUCACAACAGUUACGGAGAACAAUCGCCCGAGAUUUGAGGACGCGUGAUAGUAUAUAUUCCAGUGAGAUAGACGCUCCGGAAUUUGCACAUUUCCUUUAUACACCAACUGUAGAUUACCGUCUUUCUUUAAGGAUUCCAUCCAUUGACGUCGUAAAUGUUGAUUGAUUUUAGAAUACACGUACUUAGUCUUAAAGUUGCUCACUUUUAAACUUCACGGCCUUAAUUUAUUAUUAAUUAUUUGUCAUUAUUCAUACGUUCCAAUCACGUGAGCAAAGUUUCGAGUCGGUCAAAUUCUUUGGUAGAAAACUGAUCACGAGAAUUCGGAGAGAAAAGGAGAACGGAAUAUAUUAGGCCUGAAAAUCUAGAGAAAUAUCAGCUUUUUUCAAAACUGACUUUAAUAUCACUGGGGGACGGUUGUACAAAACCUGGAUACUGUUAUUUAUUGGAUAGUGAAUUUUUCGAACGUAUGAAAAAGGUGUAUGUAUUUUCUGAACGAUAGUGAAACUCUGUAGUCUUAAUCCAGUGAGCAGCACUAGCUGGCCGUCGUUCAAUCGACCCAUGAACUAUUAUGAUGCUUUCCUUGGCAGCAAUUAGUAUAAAAAUAGCGACGAUGGGCUUUUUGGAAGUCGAUUGCUUUGCAUCUGCUUUUGUUUUUCAAUAGGAUAAUUCAAUGAGAGCUGAGAAUAGUCAAAGCGGCCUUUCUUUAACUUUUCUUGGCAAACAGAUGAACAAAAAGAAAUUAACUGAUCUCAGAAAUAGAUACAGUUGAACCUUCCCUAAGCUAACACGAGGUUGUGGUCCCAAGGGUCCGCUUGUGAGAGGUUCUUAGAGGCAAUAUUUAAUUCGCAAGGACCUAAAAGCAGUACCCGCUUCUGGGAGGUUUACGCUUCCGAGAGGUGUCCUUAAGUGGAGGUUCCAUUGUAUUUUGAUUCUCUGAUGAUGGCUAUGGAACAUAGCCAACCCUUAAAGGUUUUACAACAUGUAAAUUACUAUUUAGGCGAAUAAUCGAUUUAGGUACACUUUUCAAAUUAUAUACAUAUACGUAAAUCUGAAAGUAUUAAAUGAUGAUUUGAAUUUUAA